AUGUCACUAAGGUGGAUAGAGAGCAUCGUGCCGCCAGCGGUGGUGGGCCCCGCCCUCAACAUGUACUUUCAGAACCUGCCAAAGGAGCUGUGUGCUAUGGGGCCUGAUGCCAUUGGCAACGUGCCGCCCAUCGCCACCAACCAGAUCUGCCCACUCAAGUCCAUCAGCCGGCGCGAGGUGAUCGUCCCGGGCCUUGACCAUGAUGCCAAAAUUGAGGAGGCCGCAGCCAACCCACUCACCUUUGGGGGCGCUCUGAUGCUGCUGGCGGCGGACAGCCCGGCGCAGGCGGCGGACCUGCAGAAGAGCAUCUGCCACAUCAUGCUGUACCCCCGCAAGUACUGCAACUUUACGAGCGGGGAGCACGUGGGGCCGCUCUUCCACCGCUUGUCAAUCGACACCACCGACGCGGUGGGCCAGUGGCUGCUGGAGAAGACGGUGCCGGUGGCGCUGGCGCCCCUCGGGAUGUCGCUGCAGGCCCUGCCGGACAUUCUGUGCAAGCUGCCAAACACCACGCUUGCCAAGAUACCACAGGACAUGCGCUGGGACCUGUGCCCCUACGACGUGUCCCUUGUCCCGGUGAUGACGAUGUUUGUGCUGGGCCGCACUGGCUCUGGCAACCUGCACGCAAAGCUGUGCGAUUUGCUGAAGCGGCCGACAGAGGCGUGCGUUAACGGCAGGUACCAGAUGAGCGCCGACACGGAGGAUAGAAUAGAAGAGUUCAAGCAGCGCUCUAAUGUACUCCUAAGCAGCCUGCAGCCGCGUGUGCAGCUGCCCGACCUGUCAUUGCCUGAUUUCAUGACAGCCGCCUCCAAGGGGCCCCUGAACACAAUCAGCGACUGGUGGGUGAACCAGACGAUGCCUGUCAUACGGCGCACUACCAUCAUGGCGCUCAUCCCGCCCAACCUGCAGCCCCCCGCCGCCGCCCUGCUGGAGCGCCUGCCUGCCUCCAUUUGCCGCCUGUCCCUCAAGGACGUGGCCAACCUGCCCUGGAUGUUCAAGCGCGAGGUCUGCCCCCUCAGCGGCCUGCUCAAGCCCCACGAUGGCGAUCCCACUGUGGGCCUGCAGUCAUGGGCUGUCACGCUGGCCGAGGUGACGAUGGGCGCCGCGUCGCGGAACAACGCCACCAGCGCCGGCGGCAGGGCGAGGGCAGACUCAUGGGUCGCGCGGAUGUGCAGGUGA